AUGACCCAACUAAACAGCGAGUCUGCUUUCCGUUCGAAACAGCUAGACAGAUUCUUCUACAGGAUCAUCGAAGGAAAGGUGAAACUCGAUGGAUCUCAAGACGGCCGAAAGAUACUAGAGGCCAUCGUGAAUAGGACCGACAGGCCAGAUUGCAUCGAGAGACUAGCUGCGUCUAGUAGUGGCCAACGCGCUCUCCGCACGGCACUGGCAUCCGAGAAGUCAGAGCAAUUCAUCAACACAUACGUCUCAGACCUCGUCCUGUAUCUCGCAGACCCUUCCCUGAAACGGGUUUGCGAUGGCGAGGUCCUUAACCAGGUCAUCUGGGCCAUGGUCGACCCCCCACGAUUCUGGGACUACUUCGUCCAGACCAUCAGAGGUAAGCAGCUGGAGGCACGAUCAUUUGAAGCCUUCGCCUGGCUGCUGCUACAGCUCGUGCUUUUGCCACCUCCCCAAUCGGCGCCUUUCCGGGAGAUCGCCCAGGAGCUGUUGCAGGAUAUCACCAUAGACAAACUCGGCACCCCGACAGCUAGAGAUCUAUUCCAGAAAAUUCGAGCCUUGGUACGACAUUCGUCUCCCGGAGACAACCCCGACCCAACUCGUGGCUCCGGCCCAGGGGGACGCCACGAUAAUGACUUUGUCAACUACCACGACAUUACCGUCCUCCCUACCCGCAACGAGAUGGAGUCUGUCGAGAGGCCUUUCUACCUCCCUUCAUCGGCAGUCUUCGAGUUGGCGAUUGAGGAUCGUGCUUUUUCCCACCUAGACAAUCAAUUUCGUCUUCUCAGGGAGGACAUGUUGUCCAACAUGCGCGAGGAUAUCAACAAUUUGAAGAAGAAGAACAAGAAGUCCAGUCGCCAGUCCGCCAUGCUCAUUAAGGGCGUCACCUUGAAGGGUCUCGACUUGCAAUCGAUGAAUAGAGAGCGUCCGUGUUCUCUCGUGUUCCAAUGCUCGGAGGACAUUUUAAACAUGAAAAACGCUAGCCCAGACAAGAGAAAAAAGAUGUUGAAAAGCAAGCCGGCCCUCUUCCGACACCAGAGUUUUGGAUGCUUACUGAAGGACGACAUCCCUCUGGCGUUCGUACUGCUGGACAGGAAUGAGGACAAACUCGCACUCGACCCCCCUCAACUGUGCCUGCAGAUCAUCGGUACGAGUACGCUCAAAGAUGUCUUCGUAGCCCUCCGAAGCGGCCCGGUAGACUUCAUGUUCGUGUCUACGGCCAUCUUCGCAUACGAGCCGAUACUGGAAAGAUUGCAACGGAAAUCGGACGUUGAGCUCGAGCACGAUAUUCUAGUUCACACAAAGGAUCCCACCUGUUCGACGAUACAACCGCAGAAAAUCAUCUCCUUGCUCAGAGCAUCUCUGGCCCAGGGCACAGACCUCCAACAGGUACUCGGGAUACCCAAAAAGAUUGACCUGGAUCCCUCGCAGGUCAAAGCCUUGAUACAUGGGUUGACAUACCAAACAAGCCAAAUACAAGGGCCACCAGGAACAGGGAAGUCGCUCGUUGGGGCUCUCCUGACUAAGAUUCUUCUCGACAAUACCGACGAGAGGCUGCUUGUAUUGUCCUAUACAAACCACGCUUUGGACCAAUUCGCCGAGGACCUGAUGGACAUCGGAAUCAGCCCGGAUGUCAUUGUCCGGUUGGGCUCCAAAUUUACAAGUAGAACCGAGUCCCUUCUGCUAAGAAACCAGACACUGGACGUCGGGCGCAAGAAAAAAACUCGAUGGGAGCUAAUAAAUUCUCUCAAGAGCGACCUCUCGUCCCUCGUGAAAAAAGUUGAUGAUAGCCUGGAGGCGCACCAGCAACCAAUCUCGAAAGCCCAGCUGCUGAUGCACGCCGAAUUAAACCACCGACACUUUUACGACGCCCUAGAGGUGCCAGAGGCAGAAGAUGGCGAAACCGGCGUUGGGCGAAAGGGUGGUAAGCUCACAAAAGAAUACCUCCUAGAGAACUGGAAAGACGGGAAGGGGCCUGGCGCAUUCGAGAAAGGAAAAAAAAGCGCUCCAAGCGCAGACGUGUGGUCGAUGAAAAAGGAAGAUAGGAUGAAGAAGAUCGACCAGUGGACGGAAGAAAUUCGCGAAGAGAGUAUGGCAGAUCUCGUAAACUCGGUCGCUACAUUCAACAAGACACAGAAGGUGUUGCAGAUCACACGAAAGGAUAAGACGGAGCAGAUUCUCCAGAGCAAGCGCAUAAUCUGCUGCACUACGACAGCUGCGUCGAUGUUCUCUCAGGAAAUCCAAGCUGCCACACCCGGCAUCAUCGUCGUCGAAGAGGCUGGCGAGAUUCUCGAAAGUCAUAUUCUCGCGGCAAUGGGCCCCAAUACGAAGCAUCUCAUCCAGAUAGGAGACCACAAGCAGCUCCGACCCAAAGUCAAUAAUUACAGACUGACUGUGGAAGCCGGUCAUGGAUACGAUCUCAACCGAUCAUUGUUCGAGCGGCUUAUACUUCACGGGAGGCCUCACUGUACCCUCCUCAACCAGCACAGAAUGAGGCCAGAGAUAUCAUCUCUAAUACGACAUAACUAUCCUGACCUGGAAGACGCCAAAGGAACAAAAGACCGGCCGCACCUUUCGGGGUUCCAGAGCGACCUAGUGUUCUUCAACCACAACCAUCUCGAAGAGAGGAACAGUGUUCUGACGGAUAAGCUUGAUCACGGUGCCACUUCGAGCAAGCAGAACAUUUUCGAGGUGGAAAUGGUUUUGAAGUGCGUUCGAUAUUUAGGACAGCAGAAUUACAAAACCACAGACAUAGUGAUUUUGACUCCCUACCUGGGCCAACUGUCGUUGCUUCGAAAGUUCCUUAGUAAAGACCAUGACCCAAUUCUGAACGACUUAGAUUCCCACGAUCUUGUCGAGGCUGGAGUCAUUCCAGCGGCAAGCGCAGAAGUCAACAAGCGGCCCAUCCGCCUUUCUACCAUCGACAAUUACCAGGGCGAGGAAAGUGACAUCGUCGUGGCCUCCUUAACUCGCAGCAACGACGAGGGGGAUAUCGGAUUCAUGGCCCAGCCCGAACGUCUGAACGUGCUCAUUUCCAGAGCCAGAAAUGCAUUAAUCAUGAUUGGCAAUGCGAAGACCUUCAUGAACGCCAAGAAAGGACGCGAGGAAUGGGUCCAGCUGUUUGAGUCUCUGAAAGCGAAAGGAAAUAUCCAUGACGGAUUGCCACUGAAAUGCGAGAAGCACCCCGAUACGACAUGCAUCGUUCGCUGCGCCGACGAUUUCGAUAUUCACUGCCCAGACGGGGGAUGCGCGCGGCCGUGCAACCACUCGUCCAUGCCCUGUAGCGCCGUAACGAUUGACAAGUGCCCCCAAAACCACAAGCGAUCCUGGCUGUGCUCGCAGAAGAACCCGCCCCCUUGUCAAGAGUGUCGAAGGGAGAAAGAAGCCCUGGAGCAAAGAGCCCGCUGGGAGAAGCAACUGGAGGACGAGAGGCAGGCCAAGCAAUUCGCUUACGCUAAAAAGCUCAAAGAUAUCCAAGAUAGAAUCGAGAUAGAGAACAAACUCGCCAAAGACCGCCUGGAGGAGAUGGUGAGACAGCAAACGCUGAAUCGGCAUAUCCUCGAGCUUGAACAGCUGAAGAAGGAAAACCAGAAGCCAAUCCAGCAGCAGCUCGAGAAACCGAAGCACACUCCCGUCAAACCCGAUACAGCCAAGUCUACCAGAAACCCUAUCCAGAGCCCCCGAGGUGGAUCUUCGCCUCCUGUCUCUCUUCAGUCACAGCCUGCGGGCACGCCGAGCACACCCUCUCAGGCCACGCCAGCCCAGAGCACGCCAGCCCAGGGCACACCGACACAGGGCACGCCGACACAGGGUACGCCGACACAGGGCACGCAAGCCAAGAAGGACACGGAAAACUGUGAUGCGUCUGACACUGAGUCGGAAGCGGGGAGCCGGGUGCUUACACCUGCGGAGCCGUCAUCCGCUGAAGACGACUGGCAGUACCAGAAAAAUUACGAGAAUGCUGUUAAUAAAGCUCUCGAUUCCCUCAUGGCGAUGAUCGGGCUAGAGAGCGUGAAGCAGAAGUUCCUGGAGAUAAAGGCAAAGGUUGACACCACUCUCCGCCAAGGGGUGGAUCUAAAAGACGAGAGAUUCGGAGCGGCCUUGCUGGGAAAUCCUGGGACGGGGAAGACGACGGUUGCCCGGCUAUACGCCCAGUUUCUGUCUUCGGUCGGCGCAAUCCCUGGGUCCCAUUUCGAGGAGACUACCGGAUCUCGCUUGGCAAACGACGGCAUACAGGGCUGUAAGGCAAUGAUAGACAAGAUCAUUUCGAAGGGGGGCGGUGUCUUCUUUCUGGACGAGGCGUACCAGAUCGUGUCUGGAAGCUCCCUCGGCGGCUCCUCGGUGCUAGAUUUUCUCCUUGCCGAGAUCGAAAAUCUCACUGGAAAAGUUGUCUUCGUCUUCGCAGGUUACCGAAAGCAGAUGGAGAGCUUUUUCAUGCACAACCCAGGCAUUCCAAGCCGUAUUCCCAUCCGCCUUGACUUCGAGGAUUAUAGAAACGAGGAGCUUCUCCGGAUCCUGAACUACAAGUUAAAUAAGAAGUACACUGGUCGCAUGAAAGUUGAAGGCGGGGAUACGGGGCUUUACAUGAGAAUUGUGGCACGCCGCAUCGGCCGUAGUCAGGGCAGAGAAGGGUUUGGGAAUGCCCGGGAGGUGGAGAACGUGCUUUCAAUCCUCCUGGCAAGGAUGUCAACACGACUCCGUCAGGAGAAGCGACAAGGAAAAAACCCGGACCAUUUCUUGCUCAAGAAGAUUGACCUCAUAGGGCCAGAGCCCAGCACAGAGUUCUCCGCAAACGAAGACUGGAAGAAGCUCCAGAGUAUGAUCGGUUUGAAGUCGGUCAAACAGUCUAUCAUGGUUUUGGUAAAUCGCCUCCAGACAAAUUACGAACGAGAGCUCAAGGAGGAACCGCCAAUAGAGUGUUCUCUUAACAAGGUAUUCUUCGGAAAUCCCGGGACUGGCAAGACAACAGUUGCCAAGCACUACGGCAAAAUAUUGAAAGCCUUAGGUCUCCUCAGCGACGGCGAAGUGGUCAUAAAGAACCCGGCCGAUUUUGUCGGCGGCCAUCUGGGCCAAUCCGAGAAGAACACGAAGGCCAUCCUAGAGUCGACCAAAGGCAAGGUCCUCAUCAUCGACGAAGCCUACAUGCUCGCUGCGGGUGGUGCGGGUACGGGCGCUGGCGCUGGCGGCUUCCAAGAUCCUUACAAAGCGGCCGUCGUCGAUACGAUCGUGGCCGAGGUUCAAAGCACUGCACUUGAGGACAGAUGCGUUCUACUGCUGGGAUACAAGGAGCAGAUGGAAGACAUGUUCCAGAAAGUCAAUCCAGGUCUGUCGAGACGGUUCCCGAUGGCAUCCGGCUUCAGCUUCGACGAUUAUGACGACAACGAACUCCGGCAAAUACUCGAGCUGAAGCUUAAACAGCAAGCUUUCAGAGCCGGCGAAGCAGCGAAGAAGGUCGUCAUCGACGUCUUGCGACGCGCCCGCAUCAGACCCAACUUCGGCAAUGCGGGCGAGGUUGACAUCAUCCUCGACCAAGCCAAGGAGCGCCAGCAGAAGCGUCUAUCGGAAUCGCAGGGGAUCAAUAAGACUAACGUGUUCCUCCCAGAGGACAUCGAUCCCAACUUCGACCGAAGCGAGCGCGCCACCACUGACAUACGCAUGCUCUUCCAAGGUGUAAUCGGCUGCGACGAGAUCGCCGAGCAAUUAGAGGGGUAUCAACAAGUAGUUAAGAACAUGAAAGCCAUGGAUAUGGAACCACGUUCGCAAAUUCCCUUUGGGUUUCUCUUUCGUGGGCCGCCCGGAACCGGCAAAACCACAACGGCUAGGAAGAUGGGGAAGAUAUAUUACGAUAUGGGCUUCCUCAGCGAGGCUACGGUUGUCGAGUGCUCCGCAACGGACUUAAUCGGCCAGUUCAUCGGCCAUACCGGACCAAAGGUUCAGAAGAAGUUCACCGAAGCCGCCGGAAGAGUUCUCUUCAUCGAUGAGGCAUACAGACUUGCCGAGGGCCACUUCGCAAAGGAGGCAAUGGAUGAGAUCGUAGACUGCAUGACUAAAGAGAAAUUCCAUAACAACUUGGUUGUUAUCCUUGCUGGCUAUGACGACGACAUUAACCGACUGAUGAACCAGAACCCCGGACUGACUAGCAGGUUCCCCGAGACCAUAUCCUUCCCGAACCUCUUAUCGCACCACUGCCGAGACCUCCUGCUCCAGUGCCUGCGGGCGAAAAAGCUCGACACGAGCGACCUCGAGGCCUCGCCCACGUUUGAUAGCGAGCUUCUAAGCCUUUUCAGCACGCUUACGCGGACUAAGUCCUGGGCCAACGCCCGCGACGUUCAGACGCUCGCCAAGUCCGUGUUCUCGCGGAUUAUGAAGUCGAAGGAGCCCAACCCGGACCGCAAGGUGUCUGAGGACCUCGUCAUCGACGUAGUCGAGGCCAUGAUCCGCGAACGCUCCGAGCGCGGGAGCGCGCCCCCGGCUCGCCCCAUGUUUUCGCAGCAUCCGCCCCCCGAGCCGAAAGCUGCGACGCAGGAGCCGCCGCGCGUCAAGACGAGCACCUCGACCUCGACCUCGACGGCCCCACCGCCUCAAGGCCGAAAAGUCGAAGAACCGAAGGAGGAGGAGCAGCCGCAGCCACCGGCGGAGGAUGACGACAGCGGCCGCGACGCCGGCGUCUCGGACGAGGUGUGGGCGCAGCUGAAGCGCGACAAGGCGGCGUUCGAGGCGUGGCAGAAGGAGGCGGCGGCGUCGGCGCAGCGCGUGGCCGAGGCGGAGCGCGAGAUGAAGGCGCACGAGGAAGCGCUGCGGCGGGAGGCGGCGGCGGAGCAGCGGCGGGCGGCGGAGGAGAAGCGGCGGGCGGAGGCGGAGCAGGAGGCGCUGCGGCGGCAGGCGGAGCAGGAGCAGCAGCGGGCGCAGGACGAGCAGCAGCGCGCGGAGGCGGCGCUGGCGGCGCGGCGGCGGCAGGCGGAGCUGGAGCGGCGGCGGAUGGCGGAGGACAAGUUGCGCGCGGAGGCCGAGGCGCGGCACCGCCAGAAGCUGCUCGCGCUGGAGGAGGCGCGCGUGAGGCGCGAGCUCGAGGAGCGCGCCCGCCGCGCCCACGAGGAGCGCGCACGCCGCGAGGCCGCCAUCCAGACCAAGCUCCGGCAGAUCGGCUGCUGCCCCGUCGGCUACGCCUGGAUACCCCAGCCCGGCGGGUAUCGCUGCGCCGGCGGCUCGCACUUCGUGACGACUGCGCAGCUGGGGAUGUGA